AUGCAAAGCUGGUACGAGUUCGGCUACAACGGAUUUCCCUCUGGCGAGCAACGUCGCCGCUUCUAUCGCCAGCGCGACGACCCAUGCGACAGCGAGGAGGAGCGCGACUACGACGACAAAACAAAUGACCGCCCCAUCUUCUACUACCCACUUCGGGCGAGCGAGGAAGGAAUCCGGUCUUCCUCAGUUUCUUUGUCACCGUCGACGGCAUCUGGCGAGGAUGGUGGAGGUGGGUGCGCACCGGAUGAUGAAGUGCCCCGGACGCGACUAAGCGGUGCUUACUCCUCUCGCCGCUCAAGGCGCGCUCGGAGGGAGUCGCACAAGGAGUCGUCUUUACGCUGCUUGCUGCAUACCACGUUGUACGAGGACAUGCCCGCGUGGUACGGAUCCAGCAGUGUCACUCUAGCCUCCCCCGGUUUGCCACAGGGGGUGUACACUCUCCAGCACGGCGGCGCCCCAUGUGCUUCCCCCUUAGCUGUAUCGAACCAGUUCAGCUUGUGGCGUUGGUGCUUGUCGCCAGCGACAGUCGCCUCGGCACCGCAGAACGAGGCUUCCGGCAACAUCCACUGUGUGCGUCUCGUAGAUGAUCCGUCGUUGCUGUCGCGCUUGCAGUGGGGCGCACUACACCCGGCGUUGCGUCUUGGUCACACCUCGACGCUGCGGGCACCUCCUCGAAUUGGACACUGUGCCGUACCCCUGAAGUCUCUUGACGCGCCAGUGCUGCAGUACUUUCUCUCUGACCACAGACAAGGGCGUCACGAGACAGAGGUGAGUCGCCUUGCUACCACAGCAGGUCGCUGCGGAAAAAAGGCUCUUGAUAGCAUACCAGUACUCCUCGCAGGCAGCGACGUGGAUCUCCACGUGUCUCUCGUCAUCGGCGGGGCGUCGCAUCUGGUGGAUAUGUCGAAUAGGAGUGGAGCGGGCAGUCUUCACGGCAGCAACGGUGUUCGCGGACCUUUGCGCGAGGGUGACAGCAUCGCUUUCAGAGGACCAAACCUUGACCGUGUGGCGAUUGAUGGGUCGCACAUUCUUUCCCACCCCGCGCUGUGCCUUUCCCUGCUCUCCCACUCCGCUCCUCAGCCACGCCAGCAUACCAUUUACUUUCCACUCGAUGGCCCGUCCAUGUCGGUUCUGUCUCCCAGGGCGUUCGCCACACUGACGCCGUGGCCUGACGCCAAUGGUGAGGAGUUUGCCCUCCGCUCAUUUGCGUACAUUGGCGGCACUGACAACGGCCGCGAUCCGCUCUCCUACCUUGAGGUGGAGCUGUUCCAGCUGAAUCUCGACACAUGGGUGUGGAGUAGCAAUCCUAUUUCCACGUACGGCGCGAAGCCGCCUCCGCGCUUCGGACACUCCGUCGCGAUGGUGAAAGAAGAUGCGUGUCUGCUCAUGCUUGGCGGCAUUGGGGCUGGUCGAACGUACCUGAACGACCUUCACGUACUGGAUCUGAGAACCCGGGUCUGGCGAGAGGUGUUCAUCCCGUUCGGCGUCGACAUGCCGCGUCGCGCCUUCUUCACAGCAGCGGUGCUGACGUUGCCCGACACCCCUCUGCGAGACAGAAGCGGCGGCGCGCACGCCACUUUCACCGACUCCGAUGACACCACGUUUGUGCGACGUGCGGCAGCGACUUUAGCACGCCAAUUGCCCCCUUUUGCACAGUCGAGGCAGGGUGCUUCGCCGCCGCCAUCUGUAGCGCAGCAAGGCUCUAGCAGCGAAGACGAAGGUGAGUGGGACGACGGCGUUUGGUCUGCGAGAGUCACGGCUGGACGGUCCAGAGACGCACUGGUAGUUUUGGGUGGCGAGUGCGAGGGGAAGCCGGUGACCUCUGCAUGGGCAUGCAUCCUGCGCAACGGCAGCUGGCGUCACCUUGCUUUCCCUCUCCGCACGCAGCCUCAAUUCUCGCAUGUGGCGCGCUCCGCUGUGCUGACCGAGGCGGAUGCGGAGCACGCGAGCGGCACCCUGUCACGAACCGACUUCCGCACAGCGAUGCAGGCGCUGAUGGAGCGGGUGCCGCACCCUAGCCCGCUCACCGCUUUUGAUUCUCUCGGCCACUCGAAUACGACGCACGAACCCUAUAUGACCGUGUGCCAUGGUUCUCUGGCACAGGCGGUACUGCUCCCUUCAGACACCGGAGUUGCCGAGCGCCUUGUUCUGAAUGGAGGCUCGCAGGGGCCUCCAGUGAGCGUGGUGUCGGAGAUGAGUUUCAUGGAGACAAGUUUGAAGGACGAUGUCUCACUGUGGCUACUGACGGCAGUGCAGCAAAGCUCGCUGUCGUCUGCGCUCUGCAAACGCGCCCAACAUUUGCAUAUCCUCUUCUUUCGCAAGAACGCGGGGCUCUCGCGUGCGGCGCAAUCGAUGCUGCAGUCCGACGACGAUAAGGCAGCACGGCCUGGCCCUCUCUCUGCCGAAGACAUGCGCUUCAAUCAUUUUUUGAGCAAUUGUGUACUGGACGGGCAGCUGGCGGAGUGGACGCGACUGGCCCGCAAGCGCCUGCGUGAGGAGUCGUGA